GGUGAGCACUAUGGCGAGUAUGGCCUCGAAGCUCUGCGACUCGUGCAAAUCGGCAACGGCGACUCUGUUCUGCCGAGCAGACUCCGCUUUCCUGUGUAUAAACUGCGAUACAAAGAUCCACGCAGCCAACAAGCUCGCUUCCCGCCACGCGCGGGUCUGGUUGUGCGAGGUGUGCGAGCAAGCUCCUGCCCACGUCACGUGCAAGGCCGACGACGCCACGCUCUGCGUCACGUGCGACCGAGAAAUCCACUCUGCUAACCCUCUCAGCCGCCGACACGAGAGAGUCCCGGUGGCCCCGUUCUACGACUCACUGAACUCGGGCAAAUCUGAUGCUGCCGCCGUCAACUUGCUCGAUGACCGCUACUUGUCGGACGGAGAGACAACUGAGGCCGAGGCUGCUUCGUGGCUGCUCCCAAAUCCUAAGGAUCUGAAUUCGGGCCAGUACGUGUUCUCUGACAUGGAUUCGUAUUUGGAUCUGGAUUACGGGACGCCAGCGGAUCCCAAAACUGAAGCUCAGGAGCAGAACAGUAGUGCUACUGACGGAGUGGUCCCUGUGCAGAGCAAGAGCGCCCAGCCUCAAAGCUUUGAAAUGGAGUUGCCAGGAUCCAAGCCUUUCAUCUAUUUAAGCCAGAGUGUAUCAUCAUCGCCUCUGGAUGUUAGCAUCGUGCCAGAUGGCAACAUGUCAGAUCCUUACCCCAAGUCGAUCAGCUCUGCGGUCGAUCAGUUAUCGCAUCCCACGGUUCAGAUUUCAUCGGCGGAUCGUGAAGCCAGGGUGUUAAGGUACAGAGAGAAGAGAAAGAACCGAAAGUUCGAGAAGACGAUCCGUUAUGCAUCGCGAAAAGCUUAUGCCGAGACCAGACCACGAAUCAAAGGCAGGUUCGCUAAGCGCACUGAAGUGGAGAUCGAAGCCGAACGUCUCUGCCGCUACGGCGUCGUUCCUUCCUUUUAGGUUUUAUUUUAGCUGUAAAAUUUGUGUUUUCAUUUCCUUUUGCUCCCGGGAUGCUAGUGAUGUACAUAUGUUAUGAUGCAUUGAUGCCUCAAAUAUUGACGUCGAUUUUGUA